UCAUUCUGACGUACAGUGAUGUAACUAUCUUGCCCAGGAAGUAGAGCAGUGGAUAAAACUCUUUUUCGCUCUGAGGAAGUAUUGUGGUUUUAUUUCUGGGGUUUUGUGAUCGACUAUGGCUACCUUCAUUUCUGUACCGUUAAAAAAGUCUUCAGAAGUGGAUUUGUCUAAGCCCCUCUCCAAAUUCAUUAGUGCUACAUACCCGAGUGGUGAGGAGCAAGCAGAGUAUUGUCGUGCUGCUGAAGAGCUUAAUAAGCUCCGAAAGAGUGCGGUUGGGCGGCCGCUGGACAAACACGAAAGUUCAUUAGAGACACUGUUCAGGUAUUAUGAUCAGCUGUGCUGCAUAGAGGCUAAGUUUCCUUUCUCAGAAAAUCAGAUUUGUUUAACAUUUACUUGGAAGGAUGCAUUUGAUAAAGGAUCACUGUUUGGAGGCUCUACUAAACUUGUACAGCAUUUUGCAAAGCCUUUGGAUUCUGGUGCUAUUGAAGUUGAACUUGCUAGCUUGCUGUUAGACCAUAUGUCAUAUUCUAUUGCUAGUGGUGCUUUUGCCCACAUUAAAGAUACUGUGCUGUCAGCACUGAAUCGUGAGCCUACUAUGGAUCUUUCACCAGACACAGUUGGCACCCUUAGUCAGAUCAUGUUGGCUCAAGCCCAGGAGGUGUUCUUCCUUAAAGCUGCAGCAGAUAAAAUGAAGGAUGCUAUAAUAGCCAAACUGGCAAAUCAAGCAGCAGAUUACUAUGGCGAUGCUUUUAAACAGUGCCAGUACAGAGAAAAUUUACCAAAGGAAGUGCUUCCAGUCUUGGCUGCAAAACAUUGCAUUAUGCAAGCUAAUGCAGAGUAUCAUCAAUCGAUCUUGGCUAAGCAGCAGAAGAAGUUUGGAGAAGAAAUUUCCAGAUUGCAGCAUGCAGCGGAGUUGGUAAAAACAGUAGCUUCUCGAUAUGAUGAAUAUGUCAAUGUUAAGGAGCUUUCUGAUAAGAUCAGUCGUGCACUUACUGCUGCCAAAAAGGAUAAUGACUUCAUCUAUCAUGACAGAAUCCCUGACCUAAAAGACCUUGAACCUAUUGGAAAAGCGUCUAUGGUAAAACCAACUCCAGUCAGCGUGCCUAUCAGUCAAAAGUUCACUGAUCUAUUUGAAAAGAUGGUUCCAUUAACUGUGCAGCAAGCUCUGAGUGGAUAUAACCAGAGGAAGGCACUUCUAAUAAACAGUCUAAUAGGGCAAAUGAAAGAAGCCACCAAUGUAUCAAAUGGGUUUUCUGUUAAGUAUCCUAGUACCUUUGGCAAUAGUCUACUUUUCUCUGGUGUUGUGGACAAACUUGAUUUGAUGCAACUUGCUCAUUGCAGUUGGAUUAUAGGUAAUGGGAGGAGCAAAGAGUUACUAUUCAGAAUUGAUAAUGACACCAUUUACCUUUGUUUGCAGUCAUUUAAAAUGCUUGCUGAAGAAGAGGCUACAGAUAAUGAGCUGAAGACAAAGUUUAAAGAAAGAUGGCAAAGAACGCCAUCCUCUGAGCUUUAUAAGUCACUGAGAUCAGAGGGAGACAAAUGUCGUGCCAUGCUGGACCAAGCUGUUCAUGCUGAUAAGACUGUUAAAGACCGCUAUGCCGCAGCACGGAACACCAUUGCCCUUCUUUGCAAGCCUGAAGCAGAACUUAGUGCUGCUAUUCCUUCUGCUAACCCAGCCAAAACACUACAAGGAAGUGAGGUUGUUACUGUGCUGAAAACUCUUCUGGCUCAGCUAGAUGAAGUUAAAAAAGAAAGAGAGGCUCUUGAGAAAGAACUGAAAUCCAUCAGCUUUGACAUGACUAGCAAGUUCCUGACUGCGCUAGCUCAGGAUGGAGUUAUUAAUGAAGAAGCAAUCUCAGUGUCUGAACUAGACCGCAUCUAUGGCAGCCAUACUCAGAAUGUUCAGACUAAUCUGAAAAAGCAAGAGGAACUUCUCAAUAAUAUUCGUGUUUCUUAUGAGGAUUUCUCAAAAAUGAAACAGUCAAAUACAGAAACAAAUCAAAGAGAGGAAGUCCUAAAAAAUCUGGCAGUGGCACAUGACAGCUUUGUAGAACUGCUUGCAAACUUAAAGGAAGGCACAAAGUUCUACAAUGAUUUAGUUGAAAUUAUUCUGAGAUAUCAGAACAGAUGCAGUGAUAUCGUUUUUGCCAGGAAGACUGAGAGAGAGGAGCUUCUUAAGGAUUUGCAGCAAAGUAUCGCACGAGAGCCCAGUGCUCCGUCUUUAGCAGUGCCUGCAUACCAGACUGCCGGUGUCGGAAGCGUGUCAGCAGCUAGUGAUGCAAGCCAUGCAGCUCCUACCCCAGCUCCCAGAACUGCAUUUGUGCAUAAACAACACACCGACAUUAAUGCUUGCUGA